AUGUUCUCAGCACUGCGAACAGUUUCACGGAGCAGAGGCUUUGCUUCUCACUCGUCUGUCCAAGGUUUCAAUGGAGCAGUCGGCAAUACACCACUCAUUUAUUUGAAAAGACUUUCAGAAAAGACUGGUUCCAAAAUCUACGGCAAAGCUGAAUUCCAGAAUCCCGGAGGAAGCGUAAAGGAUAGAGCUGCUCUAGGCCUUGUUCACAACGCAGAGGCAAAGGGACUCAUCAAACCCGGAGGAACCGUCGUCGAAGGCACUGCAGGCAACACUGGUAUAGGUCUUGCCCACGUUUGCAGAGCAAAGGGUUAUAAAUGUGUCAUUUACAUGCCAAAUACCCAGAGUCAAGAGAAAAUUGAUCUUCUUCGCAUGCUUGGAGCAGAUGUUCGUCCUGUACCCGCUGUAGCCUUCGAGAACCCUCUCAAUUACAACCACCAAGCACGCGAGUAUGCAGAGAGCCUCGACAAUGCCAUCUGGACAAACCAGUUUGACAACGUCGCGAAUGCAGAAGCUCACUACAAUUCAACCGGUCCAGAGAUCUGGGAACAGACUCAAGGGAAAAUUGAUGGUUUCAUUUGCUCUACAGGAACUGGCGGUACAUUGGCUGGUAUUGGUAGAUACCUGAAAGAGAAGAGUGGAGGCAAAACGCAAAUCUGGUUGGCCGAUCCCCCUGGCAGCGUCCUGACGAGCUAUAUUGAAAGCGGCGGAAAGUUGGUAGAAAGAACAGGAAGCUCAAUUACCGAAGGCAUCGGCCAGGGCCGCGUUACUGACAACCUCGGGACAUUUGUGAAAGAGUUAUCAGGCGCUUUCACAGUUCCAGACACCAAGUCUAUUAGUAUGCUUUACGAACUUUUGGACACUGAAGGCCUGUAUCUCGGUGCCAGUUCUGCUUUGAAUGUUGUCGCCGCAGUAGAGCUGGCAGAGCGACUAGGAAAAGGGUCUACUGUCGUCACUAUUCUGUGUGAUGGCGCUUACCGUUACCAAAGCCGACUGUUCUCAAGAAAAUGGCUAGAAAGUAAAGGAUUAGAAGAUGCUAUUCCUGAACAUCUGAAAAAGUACAUUGUACUGGAAUAA